AUGAAAGUGAAAUAGAAGGGAGAGGGCAGUGCUUUCCCAGAAGGAUUUCACUAUAUAUCCUGCCCUUCCCAGAACCAGCUCUGGCAGUGGAGAGAACUUUACCUCCCUUUGUGACUAGGGAGGGGCUGUGCAGUCCACAGGAAGAAGGCCACACGUAUGCCUGGGAUCUAAGCAAGCCACUCAGAAGACGUGGGAGAAGCAGUUUUCACCAUCUCCUCCCCCGCCUCCCCCAGAGAGGAGGAAGUUGUCACAGAUAUAUAGAUCCAGGCACGCCAGCUCCUGACACACGCAUCACGACCAUGAGACAGAACUGGAUUCCAGACCCCAGCCCUCUUUGGGCCCUGCUCCUCUGUGCGCACAUCGUCUCCCACCUGGCCAGAGCCACACCUGUGCCUCAGGCCACUACACCUGCCACUGCCUCAGCUGGGAUCGCAAAGGACACCUGCCCCUCCCGGCCCCCAGCGCUCCCGACAGCUAAGCAGUGCCCAGCAUUGGAGGUGACCUGGCCGGAAGUGGAAGUCUCACUGAAUGGAACGCUGACCUUGUCCUGUACCGCCUGCAGCCGCUUCCCCCACUUCAGCAUCCUUUACUGGAUGGGCAACAGCUCCUUCAUCGAGCACCUCCCGGGCCGGCUGCGGGAGGGCAGCACCAGGCGGGAGCACAGGGGCACGAGGACCCAGCUGUGGAGGGCCUUGGUGCUGGAGGAGCUGAGCCCAGCCCUGCGAGACACCAACUUCUCCUGUGUUUUCUCGGAUCCUGGGCAGACUGCCCAGCGUCACCUCGUCCUGGCCCAGCUCUGGGCUGGGCUGAAGAUAAGCGUACCCCCGACACAAGAAGCCCCAUCCUCCAGCAAGUCCCCUCAGCCUCACCAUCCUGAUAAUGAACCCCAAGCUCCAAAGCCUGGUUGAAAUGCCACCUCUUCAUUGAGGUAUACACGCUCUCAGCCCAGGCUACAUUCUGCAUCAACUUGUAUUUGUUUCCUUUAAUGGACUGUCCCAGGGAAGGUAUGCGGGGAGAGGCUGCUUCUGACCCAUAGCUGUAUCUAUCUCUGUCACCCCAGCAAGACCUACGACGGGUGCUCAUAAAUGAUCUUCAGUGGUGGCGUUCUGA